GCAUCAUGUCAACCCUCUUCUAUGAGCCCUCCACGCGCACCCGGCUGAGCUUUGAAAGUGCCAUGGCCCGCCUUGGGGGCACUGUGCUCUCCACUGAGAGCGCAGGGGAAUUUUCUUCAGCAGCCAAAGGAGAAACACUUGAGGACACCAUCCGGACAGUAGAGGGGUACGCAGACUGCAUAGUGCUGAGGCACUUCCAGGCGGGCUCAUCCAGAACGGCGGCCUCAGUGGCAUCCAUUCCCAUCAUCAACGCUGGCGAUGGUCCGGGUCAGCACCCCACACAGGCCCUCUUGGAUGUGUACACCAUCCAGCGAGAGAUCGGACGUCUGGAAAACCUGCGCAUCGGCUUGGUUGGCGACCUGGCAAACGGGCGGACUGUCCGCUCCUUGGCUUACCUGCUCUCCAUGUACAAGGGCAUCAAGUUCUACUUUGUGGCCCCUGACGUCGUCCGGAUGCAGGAGGAUAUCAAGGAAUUUCUGACAGGUAGGAAUGUGGAAUGGGAGGAGGUGGAUGACCUGGCCCAAGUGGCAGGCGAUGUGGAUGUGCUGUACCAGACUCGCAUCCAGAAAGAGCGCUUCCAGGCAAGCCUCUCUUAUUAUGAGGAGGCGCGAGGGAAGUACAUCAUCGACAAGGACACGAUGAAGAUUCUGCGGAAGGAUGCUGUCAUCAUGCACCCUCUUCCUCGUGUUGAUGAGAUCAAGCCUGAGGUGGACUCUGACCCACGUGCAGCAUAUUUCCGCCAGACAAAGAACGGCUUGUACAUCCGCAUGGCUCUUCUGAAGCUGGCCCUAGCAUGA